AUGGAGCCUCUACUCACCCAUCUGUCUCGUCCGUCUCGCACAAUCUCACCAUGGAUAUGUACCCAUUGUCGCGUGACCAGCAAGCGACCCUUCUCCCUAUCAGCACUCCACCGAGUCCAACCCCGGCCUAACCACAAUCAAUCCAAGAACCUCGAUGGCAGUUCCCACAACCAAUCCGCCGCCAAUCUCAGCCAGAAUGUAACCAAAGCGGAAAAGGACCACUACGGUCGAGUGGAAGCCGAGAGCAAAGAACGGCAAAUCCGUGCUCCAUGGCUACGCGAGGGCAGCGAUACACCACCUGUGGCCCGGAAUCGCAAUGCCGGGGCUAUGGUCAAGGGGAAACUGUUGACCACGCCUAGUCGGAUGCUGAAGUUGAUCUUACCACUCACCACACGUGACGCGAACAAAGAUCGGAAGGAUGUUGAGCCGCUUGCGUUAUUGGUGCAUCCUCAGCAGCCAUUGAGCUAUCUGGAGAGAUUGAUCCAGAGUGAGCUUCCAUCAAUGCGGGAUGAGAAGGACAAGGAACGAGCGCCGAGCAUCACGUUCCGGGCUGAAGAUGCCACGGAAGAGGACGUAGGGAGUGGUAAGCCCGCAGCCGACAAGGUAAAAGAGGAGGAGGAAGACGACGGCGAGAACUACGAUCUAGAGAACGUCGAAGAGACACGCUUCGGUGACAAGACCGAGCGCACCGGCAAAAUCAGCUCCGAAGCAGCAAACAAAGAAGAAGAUGCCGCCCUCCCAGCCCACGGCCACCCAGACAAGGAAUCCGCAGCCGGCCAAGCACCACCCAACCCCGAUCCCGAACACCCCAACUUCGUCCGCUGGUCCCCCUCCACUGAAAUUGGCGACUUCAUCCGCGACGCAGCCCGGGGCAAGGAAUUUGCCGUCGACAUCGAAGGCGCCCCGGAACCAAUCUACGUUGGCGUCCCUUCUUUCGCAGACCGAACUUACUAUCUCCGCAUGCGACUCCGCAAAACAGCACGAGGGAUCAAAGACCUCGCUAGCGUGAAAGGCGAAUGCGACGAGCUGGCACAACGAGGAGCAAAACGCGUGGCUCAGGGCGGAUUCGCAGGACUGAUAAGCUGGUGGGGUGUAGUUUACUAUCUCACUUUCCAGACGAAUCUGGGCUGGGAUGUCAUGGAGCCGGUGACUUAUCUUGUUGGGCUGAGUGGGUUGAUUGGGGGGUAUAUGUGGUUUCUUUAUCACAAUCGGGAAGUGAGUUAUAGGAGUGCGAUGAACGUUACGAUCUCGAGGCGGCAGUCUCAGCUCUAUGAGGCCAAGGGGUUUGAUGUAGCCAAGUGGGAAGGGUUGGUGGAGGAAGGGAAUAGGUUGAGGAGGGAGGUGAAGAUGGUUGCGGAUGAGUAUGAUGUCGAAUGGGAUGAAACGAAAGACGAGGGUGAUGAGCAAGUGAUGAAAGAGCUUCGCAAAGCACGACGGAAGAAGGGCGAGGACGAUGAGAAGAAGAAGGAGAAAGAGGAUGAGGAGGAGGAUUGA